AUGGCCGGCGACUUCCAGUCGGCGGUCUGGAUCAAGCAGGACAUGUUCAACAUGUUGGUGGUCUGGUCCGUCCUCCUGGUCGCCGUGGCGGCCGGGCCAAUCCGGAGCCGACUGCGGGAGUUCGCAGCCCUCAAGAGGGGGGCCGCGGGCGCCCGGGCGGCCGACGCCGCGCCGGCGCAGCGGCCCGCGGCCGCCGGCGCCCGGGCGGCGGCGCGCGCCCGCAGCCAGCCGGCGCGGCCGGCCCGCGCGCUGCCUGCGCCGGCGGCGCCCAGCGCAGCGCCCACGGCGCGCGCGGCGGCGGCGGCGGCGCCCACGGCGCGCGCGGCGGCGCCGGCGCAGCGCCGGCGAGGGAGCGCCGGGCCCGCUGGCGGCCGCGGCGCCCCGGGCGCCCUGGGCGGGCUCGUGCCGUGCCCGUUCGCCGCGUGCGGCUGGCGAGGCCCCGCGGCCGCGUACGCGGGCCACGUGGCCGCCUGCGGGCUCCGCCGGAACCCCUGCGGCGGCGCGGCGGGCCUGCACGAGCCCGACGAGCUCCCCGCCGCGCCCCGGCCGGUGCCGCAGGGCGCCGCGGGCGCGGCCGAGGCCGCCGCGCCGGCCGGCGGGCCGCGCGGCGGCCGCCGAGCGGAGGCGGCGCGGAGGGCCUUCAGGGCCCUCGACGUGGACUGCAAGGGCUACCUCACCAGCGACGAGCUCAAGACAUUUGCUGGCAUGUCUGGCUUCGACGGCACCGACGCGGACUGGCAGGUGGAGUUCGGCACCCUGUGCCGGCAGUGGCGCCGCUCACCAGCGGAAGGCAUCGACCAGCCGUUUUUUUGCGCCAUCGUCGACGACGCCUCCGAGCGCGGCGUCUACUGCACCGACGAGGAGCUCGCUGGGAUUCACCAGAGGCUGGUGGCCGACCGGCUCGUCCGCGGGGCGCGGGCCCCUGGCGACCGCGCGGACGCCGCGGCCGCCGAGGUGCGCGUUGCGAGGCUGCUGUUCCAGCUGCUGGACCUCGACGGAGACGGCAGGCUCUGCGCGGAGGAGCUGCGGCCGCUGGCGAUCCUGACGGGCUUCGAGGGGGACGACGAGGAGUGGGCCGCCGAGUACGCGCUGCUGUGCCAGGAGCGGCGCUGCGAAGCCGGCCGAGGGCUCCCGCUGACGGCCUACCUGGACAUGGUCGGCGACCGGUCCGGGGGCGGCUGCUUCUGCAGCGCCGCCCUGCUGCGCCUCUUCGCGGAGGAGCUGGCCCACGGGCUCGCGGCGCGCGGCGGGGUGGCCGCGGCCGCCGCCCCACGGGCGUAG